CUGGAAGCGGACUGGUGGGAUAUAAGCUUAAGAACUAUUGCGCUGGAUGGAAUUGAUUUAGAAGCCAUAUUUCAAAGACUGGUAACUCCUCGCGGUCUUAUUACCCAGUAUGCGCUCUCCAUACAACUGGAGAUAUUUCAAAAUAUCGGCUGGAUUAUAUCAGGACUCGCCUGGAACUUUGCUGUCUCUGUGACCACGGGGGAAAUUCAAAAGACUAUCAAGUCUUUAGACUUUCUGCUGGGUCCGACUGGACUGGCCCUUACCAUGAUCAGAUCUACGUGGAAUCGAUUGCUGGAACUCUUAUCAAGGCUGUCAGUUGCCUCUCUCAUCUUUGGAAUCCCUGAAACGAUAGCGGAGUUGAGCGCAGUAUCCCUGCUGGACAUUGGUAACUUUAUCUUCAGCACGGAGUUAACCCUUCUCUCCCUGGGUCGGGGCUAUACCAUUAUUUUUUGGUUGGGACUGUUCGCUAUUCCUGUUUAUCUCUUCUCUACUAAUAUCUACCCGAACAUCAGGCCAGGAGGACCUAAUCUCAACAGUACUCUCGCCAUUGGUUCUUCUUCAUCAAUGAGCAAUGAAAGACAAGAUAACCUUGUGUACCGAGAUUACUACCUGGACCCUGUAGUAGAAGGAGGAGGAGUAGGAGGAUAUCAAUACGAGGAGGAUUAUGAACCAGGAAAAUACAAAGCAUACCAGUCACAGGAUCGACUUGAGAUUUUACUAGAAGAUAUGAUGAGCAGGAUUAUUGAAGGAAUACUCUAGCGAAAUACAGGAUUAUCAUGCUUAUUCAAAUUUGGCAAAUUAAAAGAAUAAAGCUGGCAAAAAUGUAAAGUUCCAUGUUUAUUUUUUUCUUGAUCUUAAGCUAACAACCCCCCC